AUGGCAGAUUCAGCUAGUCCUGCCAAUUUUGGUGAUCCUGCUGCUGCUGCUGCGAGUGCCCCUUCCAGAGCACCCCAAUCAUCUCUGGAUCGCUCCUCUGCUCCUCCGUCGUUACACGAAUGCGUUCCUUACUCUGCUCCGACUGCUGUUUUCCGCGAGCCUUUCAGUCUAGCGCACCGUUCAUCCCCGUUACAAGUACCCCCCACUAUGGCUGUAGCGCCGGACGCCUCUUUGCACUGUACUGCCGAGAGUAACCUGGCUCGAAGCCUGAGCAGCAGCCGCAGCAGGAGGGCGCGUGAUCACCCUUCACUACAGUCACACGUGGAAUAUGAGGAGCGUCCCGAAAUGAGGGAGAGGGAAAGGGCGGGCUUUAAGGGCAGCGGCAUUGGAAGAGGUGCAGGAAUGGCUGGGAACAGGGCUGUAGAGAAAAGUCAAUUCAACUUGGCAGGAGAGGGUGGGGAUGAAAAAAGAAGGGGUAUUGCGUUCAUUGAGCAGGCUGAGGGAGGGGAAGUGGGGAAUCUGGUGGUAAAAUCUGGACGUGAAGUCUUUCCUUUUCAGAGAUGCUCUUUGCUAAGUGCCAGCGGAAGCAGGAGAGGUGGUGGUAACCCCAAGAAGCGACGUAUUCUUCCAAGCGAGGACGAGGUGAGGGCGGUUGCAGCUGAUUGGCCAACGCUUGGGGCCACUUUGAGACGAGCUCUUGUGGUGGGCCGGGGUGGGGAUGCAGUUGAGGGCGAGAGCGCAAAGUUGAGGAUUUCGUAA